AUGUUCAAAGGCGAGGGCAAGGCGGACAGCGAGCGGCUGCUGAGGAAGGUUCGGUUCCGCGUGGCGUCCUCGCACAGCGGGCGGGUGCUGAAGGAGGUGUACGCCGACGGCGAGGCCGCCGACUCGCUGGACUCCGAGUAUGCCAGCAGCUCAGAGACCGACCAGACCAGCCGGCUGAGCGAGGUGGACGGGCAGCAGAAUGGGCACGCGGGGUCGGAGUGCGAUGAGAAUGACAAUGAGCAGGAUGACUUGCUCAUUUUAGUCAGAGCCACUAAAGAGAAGGGGUUUGGUACAAAGCGAGUCAACAUCCUCAGCAAGAACGGCACAGUCAGGGGAGUCAAGCAUAAAGUCAGCGCUGGUCAAGCCCUUUUUGACAAUUUGGCAAAAGUAUUUCAGGUAGGUGGUACAGAUCUGCUGUUUGGCCGCAUAGUAAUUUAUACUACCAGUCUUCGUGUGGUGAGAACCACUUUUGAAAGAUGUGAACUGGUUAGAAAGAUAUUUCAAAAUCACAGAGUUAAGUUUGAAGAAAAAAACAUUGCUCUGAACAGUGAUUACGGAAAAGAACUAGAUGAAAGAUGCAGAAGUGUCUGUGAGGUUCCCUCACUCCCUGUUGUGUUCAUUGAUGGCCAUUAUCUUGGGGGUGCUGAGAAAAUUUUACUAAUGAAUGAAUCUGGGGAACUGCAGGAUCUCUUAACCAAAAUUGAGAGAGUCCAGCAUCCUCAGGAGUGCCUCUCUUGCGGGGGCUUUGGUUUCCUGCCGUGCUCAGCGUGCCAUGGGAGCAAGAUGUCCGUGUUCCGGAACUGCUUUACGGACUCCUUCAAAGCCCUCAAGUGCACUGCUUGCAACGAGAACGGGCUCCAGCGCUGCAGGAGCUGUGCAGGCUAAAAACGGCACCUCCACGAGU